AUGGCCUGGGACGACGAAGAUUUCGAUAUUCCAACAAAUAGCAAAACUGCUGCAUCAUGGGAAGAUGAGGAAGAUGAUGAUCCACUUUUAGAAAGUUGGGACGUUGAUCCAGAGGAAGAGGCAAAGAAGAAGAAAGCCGAAAAGGAAGCUCAAGCAAAAGCAAAAGCUGAGCAAAAGGCUAAAGAAGAAGAAACCAAGAGAAAGAAAGAGCAAAAGAGAAAAGAAAUGGAAAAGUUUGAUAAUUUGGAUGAGAAAAGUAAGAAGGAGCUUUUAAGGAAGGCUGAAUUGUCUGCUGAUUUGAACAAUGCUGCUGAUCUUUUUGGAGGUCUUGGUGUUGCUGCUGAUGACGACAACGACGAUGAUGAUUUCGAUAUUAAUGAACAUCCUAGAGAAAAAGCGAGAAGGGCGGAAGCAGAAGCAGCUUCAAGAAAGCCAGUGUUGACUAAAGAUACCCCAUUGGAAGAUCAUCCUUUAUUCCAACCAACGAAUAAACAAGAGUACGAGAAAUUGAGAAAGGCCGUUGGUACCGCAUUGACCUCUUUGAACGAAGAUAGUUCCCUCUUGUAUGCAUCAAGCUUGGCAAUUGACUUGAUUAGAGAUUUAACCCAACCAUUAUCCGUUGAAAAUACAAGGAAAGUUAUCAGUACAUUGAAUGUGAUUAUAAAAGAUAAGGAGAGACAAGAAAGAUUAGCAAGAUUGAAGAAAACUGGAGGAACUGCUAGUGGUGGAGCAGGAAAGAAGAAAGCCAAACCUGCAGCUAGACCAAAUGUGGGAGGUUUCAAAAAGGAUGAUUUCGAUGACAUGGGCGGUGAUUUAGACGAUUUGGAUGAUGAUGACUUUAUGUAA